AUGAUUGCAAUCAGUUCAAGUCUACCUUUUAUAAACGAUUCAAUCAUUAGAGCUUGUUCAUCGAUUGGAAGUGGUGGCGCUAGUAAAUGGAUACUUGUUUCAGUUUUGGAAGCUGGCUACGGUGGUCGUGUUGUCGUUAGCGAGUAUGCAACAUCUGCCAAUACUUGCACUGUCACUUUUUAUCCAGAACCUUGUGGAACUUUCUCUGAUUUUCAAAUAUCAGUAGGUUCUUGUAAUAGUGUCUAUUCAGGGGCACAAAGUUAUAUCUACUCUGAUUGUGAAUGGACACGUGGUGGUGGGGAUGGAUUAUCAAUGGUAGUUUUUGCUAAUCAAUACAGAGGUUCAAACUUUAUGAAAAUUGUAGCAGACGACCGCAAAAUCAACUCUCAAUUUGAAAUUGCAGUGUCAAAAGCUGCCGAUUUCAUUUUAAAUCGAAUUCCUGUUGGACCAUUGGUUAUAAUGUCUCUGAGUAUAUCACCAUCGUCGACAUUUACAAUUCCUCAAGACCUAAUAGAUGCAUUAAGAACUUUGGGUUCCAAUCUUUGUAGUAAAAUCAAUAAUCAAUCAUUAUAUGCAUUGAUUGGAAGUCCUCCUGGUUCAGUUCCAGAACAAAUAUCACAGACCGGCCCUGUAUCUCUAUCAGGAUGUUUUCAUUUAUUCAAAAAUCAUUUGAAAUCAAAGCAAUUGGAAAAGGUUGACAAUGUCAAAGUUGGUACAAUUUUUAAAAGUAUAAAAGUAAAAGAGACAGUAUUUGAAUUUAUUAAAUCAUUACCAAAAGGAACAAAAGUUAUUUGUCAAACAACCAGCAAUAAUAUAUCUAGUAACAAACAGAGAUUAGCAUUUCAAAUGAUUGGAGGAUGUAAAUAUGAUAUGAAACAACCAUAUGAUGCUCUCUACACGAUAAUUGGCAUAAAAGGAUCUUCUCCGGGAUCAGCAAUGGAGAUGCAUUCAGAGAUCAAAUCAAAGAUUGGAAUGGGUUCUUUUGAAAGAAGAGAUAUGAUUACUGAUCUUUCAUUCAGUAGUUUUAAUUAUCAUUUGUACAAAGAGAUAAUAAUUCAAAAAGAAACAAUGACAAUCAAGAAUCAAUGUAUUAUUAUAUGGGUAGAAGGAUGCUUAUCAGAUAGUUUUCAAUCAAUCACAGAGAAUAAGAAAUUGAAUCAUUUAAAUAAAGUGGUACAAGAAGGUUGUGUAGGUCAAUUAUUAGUUUUAAACAACGACACUAAUAGUAGUACUAGUAUAUCAGAGUUUAAUCAAGUAUUGGGUUUCAAUAUUGAUCAAGAUAUUACAUUUAAUCAUUUCACUAAAAGUUACAAAUAUAUACAAAUGAUCAAACGUUUAAUGAUUACUAUCGCAUCUACAUCACUCGAAUCUGUAGAUCAAAUCAUUCAAUCUAUCCAAAAUGCAGAUAAAAAUAAGGAUGAACAAUACUAUUAUAUCAAUAUACUUGCAAAUUAUAGUAAUCAAUCAUCGGUGGUUGUUCCAUCAGUCAAUGACAAUACUAUCCCAGAAUGGUUUGUUCCUCCUGUUCAAAGUUAUCAAAAAUAUGAUGGUAAAAUGACUUUUAUCACCAUGGUUUGGUAUUUAUUGUCAUCCAACAUGGACAAGAAAAGAUUCAUGUCUUUAUUUCUCAGAUUCUGA